AUGAAAGAAUUUAGACAUGAAACAACAAAUCCAACAAUUGCACCGGCGUCAAUGUGGAAUCGACAGGACAUUGUUGACUUUAAGGGCAUCAUUCGUAAAGAAGGACCCGACGGCAUCAUUAAAGUAGGCCAUGGUGAAACAGUAACGGUGAGGGUACCAACUCAUCAAGAUGGGAAUUGUCUUUUCUGGGAAUUUGCUACUGAUAAUUAUGAUAUUGGCUUUGGUGUUUUCUUUGAAUGGACUGUUGCGGAAUCAAACCAGGUGUCAAUCCACAUAUCUGAAUCAUCAGAUGAUGAGUUAGAUGAAGAGACAGCUCAAGCGGAAUUGCGUGCAAGUGAAUCAGGUGACAUCGAAACGGGAAACCCAAUGCGGGAGAAGCGACGAGAUCCAAAAAAGCCUCACAUUGAUGAAAUAGUUCCAAUAUAUCGUCGUGAUUGUCACGAAGAGGUGUAUGCUGGAAACCAUGUUUAUCCUGGUAAAGGCGUGUAUUUGCUAAAAUUCGACAAUUCUUAUUCCUUAUGGCGGUCAAAAACAUUGUACUAUCGUGUUUAUUACAGUAAAUAA